AUGGUACGCGGGCAAAUGCAGAUUACGAGAUGUAAAUUGCAACAUGGUCAUGAACUUCAACCAGGUGCAAGUCAAUAUAUGGUUAAUUACAGAAGCAUUGAUGAUCCAACCAUUGAUAAAAUUGUGAACAAUGAUCGUGCCGGUAUAUUCAUUACAAAAAACUACAGGUCACUACAAGUUGAGAAUGGUGGAUAUGAGAAUAUAACAUUCAAUCAACGUGACUUGAGGAAUGUUGUGAACUUGGAGCGGCGUAAGACAAGAUUUACUGGGGAUGCGAUUGCUCUUGAGGAAUAUUUUAAAAAGCAGCACAAUCUGAAUAAUAACUUUUACAGCGAAAUUCAAAGGGAUUGUGAAGGGAGAUACAAAAUGCAAUUUGCACCGUUUGUGGGUGUCAACCAUCAUGGGUCUUCAAUUGUAUUCGCAUCUGCCUUAAUUUCUCAUGAGGAUGCUGACACCUUUGAAUGGGUUUUAAAUCAAUGGCUUAUUUAUCCGGAAGAGUUUGAUGAAGCGUGGGAUUGUACGCUGGAGAAAUUUGAUUUACGUGACAACAAUUGGCUCAAGGAAACAUAUGCGCUUAAAGAACGGUGA